CUGGAUACGCCCGCCUGUUGCCAGUGUGGGGUGAGCGAAUCCACAAACAUCUGCCCACCCCGUCACCGUCGGGCGGUGGGGUCGACGUUUGGGCGGAGUUUCCUCUUCGGGUGACAUCGGAGAGGGGCGGAGCCUAAUCCCCAGAUCGUUCUUUGUGGGCGGAGUCUGCGCUGCAUCGGGGCCAGUGGCCAGCUUCUGCAUCCCAGGCUCUGAGCAUCCUCAGGGCGGAGGCUGGUACCGGGGGACCCCCGUGUACAGGAUCCUGCACCCCGACUGCACCUGUUCUGCUGCACCAUGGCUGAGAUCGCCAGUGUCCGUCCCGGCUUAGAUGUGCCUCCGAUUGUGGCAGGACUUAUUGGUGCCACGGUCCUUGUGGUGUCUGUCUCAGUAACAGUGUUUGUGUGGACAUGCUGCCACCAGCAAGCAGAAAAAAAGCACAAACCUCCCCCUUACAAAUUCAUUCACAUGCUGAAAGGCAUUAGUAUCUAUCCAGAGACCUUGAGUAACAAGAAGAAGAUUAUCCGGAUCCGCAGAGACAAGAACGGCACUGUCAAGGAGACUGGAAGAGGAAACCUUUUGGUAGAUGCUGCAGAAAUUGGUUUAGUGGGCUCUGAGAAUGCACCAAAUGGGAUGAAUGCAGCCCCGUGUAUUGACCAGCUCCCAAUAAAAGUGGAUUACGGAGAUGAACUAAGUCCAGAUCAAAGCAUCACUCCAGGAGGGAGCAAAAUCUCCUCCCCAUCUUCCCCAGAAGAGGAUGUCCGGCUGGGAACACUGACUUUCUCAGUGGACUACAAUUUCCCCAAAAAAGCAUUAGUGGUGACCAUUCAAGAGGCCCAUGGGCUGCCAGUGAUGGAUGAGCAGACUCAGAGCUCUGACCCCUACAUCAAGAUGACAAUUCUUCCAGACAAAAGGCAUCGAGUGAAGACUCGUGUGUUGCGCAAGACCCUGGACCCUGUCUUUGAUGAGACCUUUACCUUCUAUGGGAUUCCCUACAGCCAGCUCCAGGAUUUGGUGCUUCACUUCCUGGUGUUGAGCUUUGAUCGCUUCUCUCGAGAUGAUGUGAUUGGAGAAGUCAUGGUGCCCCUUGCUGGAGUGGAUCCAAGCACUGGAAAGGUCCAGCUCACCCGGGAGAUCAUCAAAAGGAACAUACAAAAAUGCAUUAGCAGAGGAGAGCUGCAAGUUUCACUGUCUUACCAGCCUGUUGCACAGAGAAUGACUGUUGUGGUGCUGAAGGCUAGACAUUUGCCGAAAAUGGAUAUCACUGGCCUCUCAGGUAACCCCUAUGUUAAGGUGAACGUUUAUUAUGGAAGAAAACGCAUAGCAAAAAAGAAGACCCAUGUGAAGAAGUGCACUUUGAAUCCCCUCUUCAAUGAAUCCUUCAUUUAUGAUAUCCCUGUGGAUCUCCUUCCUGACAUCAGCAUUGAAUUUCUAGUCAUCGACUUCGACCGCACCACAAAAAAUGAGGUGGUAGGUCGGCUGAUUUUGGGAGCACACAGCAUCACCGCUGGAGGCGUGGAACACUGGCGAGAGGUGUGCGAAAAUCCCCAAAAGCAGAUUGCCAAAUGGCACAGCCUGAGCGAAUACUAGCAGAGGCUGCAGCAGUGACUGCUGGCUCAUAGAACAGACUUAAACUGUGUUUUAGUCAUAGAACUAAACUUUUGUAAGAUGCAGCUGAUUGGUUCUCAAGUGAUGUGAUUUUGCAGGGCACUAAAAUUCUAAAAAGCAUUAAAUUUUAAAAUACCACAAAUAUAUGUGUAAUCACGCUAUUGCAUGCCUAAUACAAACUAAAAUUAGUGUAACUUACCAGUAUCAAGUUGCAGAUUUUAAUAUUAUCUGUUACUAUGGAAGUUGUGUUUGUGCCGAACUGUCUUUGCUGGUAUUCACCACAACUGCCCUCUCUAUUAGGCUUCUCCCAAAGUUUCUGAAUUCUGCUGUUUAAUCUCUAGUUUCUUAUUAGUUCAUCUGCCCAUAGAUUCUUGCUGUUCUGUCCUUUGAUUUGGAAGCAAUAACUGCAUUUCCAUAUAUAAAGGUUUAGAAUUCAGCAACAGUUCAAAGAGGUACAAGUAAGAAUGGCUCUCUCCUUUUAAGAAAAAUGUGUUCUAACCUGGUAUUUCCCUUUGUGAUGUAUUUGCUAUAGAGCUAUAAAAAGUCGUGCUUGAAGGUAUAAGCAUCUAAAAUUGAAAUGCUAGCAACCUGAUCACUUUGCUUUUGCCAUACGGGACUUGGUUCAGGAUAAAUAUUUGGUGCAUCCCAAAUUCCCACAGAGCACAAACUGUAUUUUAUUCAACUCUAUGUAUGUAUGUAUAAAGGGUCCAUACAGAACAUUAUAAACUAAAUGUGUAUGAUUCAUUUUAGGGCAACUGAGGCUAAUUCUCUAAAAGGAUUUUGAAUUCUACCUGAGCAUUAUCGUUUUCUAGAUUGGCAGUGAAAUAUCUGAAAUUAGACAGGAAACUUUGUGCUAGAGAAAGGCUUUUAACGAAUAUAAUCAAAUAAUUAAUGAUACAGCCUCCUCCACAUUUGAUUUGAGAUUAUAUUAGAUAUACUAUUUUACCAUUCGUUUCUAUAAUAGCCAGUAUUCAAAGCAUUAGACUUAAUUUAUAUUGAGAAAAAUAAACUGUCUUCUCAAAACGUAAAUUAAACUCUCGAAGUACAAAACAUUCUGAACUAUCCUUACAUUUUUGGCUUCCAAUAAUUAGAAUUUGCUUACUGUCAUCUUUGGAAUUUAAAAACAUUACUAGAUAACUGUGACUUGUAGCACUUUGUAGGACAUUUGUCUGAAUAGUCAACAACUUCUUUGUACAGAAGGACAUGGACCCAAGUUCUGUAAAAGAAAACAAAGGGUGGAAGCAGUUGCACUAGAUCUCACUGUAAAAACACUUGGCUAAACUUUUGUACAAGAUGAUAAUAUCUUGACAAAGUAAUCUGAUUUGGCUUCUAAUAACAAGUCAAUUUUUAUUUUAAACAUUAUUGGCAAGUGGAUCAUAAACAAUUAUAACAAGAGACCUACUAAACAGCUCCUCUGCCAGGAUCUGAAUGUUAUUUUUAAACGCUACACAUUAAAAACAAAGAAGAAUUGAGUGGGCAGAAAGGCACACAGAAGACUACAAGUUUUCAGUAUUCAUUUUGUUGUUUCCAUGCAGCCACUGUUGUGCCCUGUGGAAUGUAAAUAAUGUAUCAUAAGACAUUUUUAAAAGUUCAUGUAUCUGUUUACAAUACUUGAGACCACUGAAUUUUAGAGCCCUGUUGGAAAAACAUGAUACUCACAAUGUUCUUACUAUUGAAAGCAGAAUAACUGAGUAUGUCUUAGCCUCCAGUUUCCUCUCCAGCCAUAACAGAGCAACUGCUGUUGGGUUGACAAAUAAGCUAAAAGUUUUACCACCCAUUAAUGUCUCAGCAGCUAUUUCUGACAAGCUUUCUUAGUGGAAAGAUUCAACUUUCCACUGACAGCUUUUGUUGCUUGUAGGAACUCUCUUCAAGAGAAUGUUUCAGUUUAGCUGUAGCUGUUAAUGGGUCUGGGACUAAUAGUGACAUUGAGACUGAAGUCCUCUCAAUAUUUCUAAGUCUUGCAGUGAAGUAAAUACAGUGUGAGCUUCCCCAUAUGACUUACCAGGACAUCUCAGUCUUGAAAAUGAUUCCUGCUUGAGGUUACAGUAGAUUUUGAUCUUUGUCUUAAUUCCUUGGUAGCUCUUACUCUAUUAGUGGUGCUCAGCCAUGAACAGAAGAACAGAUUUUCCUCUGGAAGCUGAUGUAGAUCUAUUUAAAUCCUGGUUUUUGCACUGAGCAAUCUGAUUGUUAAAGGUUAGGAUCUGACACUAUUCCUUCCAUAUUCUUCCCCACUAUAAAUAUGAUUACUUGUGUACAUUCCAUUCAAAAGUAACUAAAAAGUUCCGUUUUUGUCUUCAAUGUGAAAAGUAUACUUAAGCCUAGAUCAUCUCCUUAUUCCGAUUCCUUAGUUGAAAAAGGAAAGAUUAACAUCUUGUCAAGGAAAAGUGCUCAGGGUAACUAAACUUAGGCUUAUUGGGCAGAUGUGAAUAGCUCCAUUAUGCCUCAGGAAUAAUGGGAAACUGAAGAUGUGCAGAUAAUUUUUCUUUGGUGUAAAACUGACAGUUACUGACAGCUGCCUCACCAUGGCAUCUCCCAGAUGUGUUUUUUCUUUACUUUGUGUCUUCUGUUAUAAAAUUAACUUGGACAGUUACAACUUUGUGGUAAAAAAGGUUAAAAAGCAAAAAAAACCUAACUUGAAAUGUGUGAAACUGCAUAAUACUGUAUGCUAAUCUACAAUAUGUAAUGCUAUCUUGUAUGUUGAAUUUGUUAACGCACAUUGAGUGUGCAAAUAAAGACUGAUUCACUUUAAAUA